AUGUCGAUAAUUUCGGCAAUAUUGAUCGAAAGAUGCUUUGCACACUCACUAUAUCCGAGACUACGAAGCAGUGCCAAGAAAGUGGAUCGCUGCGGGAAUUCAUGCGAAUGCGUUCUUUACCCAGGGACCGGCACCGUGCUGUAUCUUGUUUUCGGCGCAAGGUUUCUACGCGACCUCUUCGUUGUCAUGCUGCCGCUCGUAUUUUGCUACCUGGGCAGCUGUUUUCUCUUUUUCCUCAAAAUCUACUUCCUAAACGCGAAGAACCUCCGGACACUCCUGCGCACCUAUUCCCUACGCAAGUAUUCCCUGUCCCGGCGCUUCCAGCUCGAGGAGAACAUGCGCUCCCUCCAUCUAAUUCGAAGAAUCUUCUCUGCACACAUUGUCAUGUCCGUAUUCGGGACCUGCGUGUUUUUAAUGCCGCAUAUGUACUUCGGAACAAAUUCGCCAGAAUUAGAAGUAUCACUGGCUGGGUUGGAGUGCUUCCAGGCAAUCUUUGCAAUAAUGUUCAACACGGGUCUGAUCGCGCUCGUCCCGUCUUGGCGCAGACGAUUUGCCGAAAUUCUGCGGAAUCUAUGCCCGACCGAAAAUACCGUAUCCGAGGAGCCGAGUUGCGUAUCGACGAAAAAACGACCGAUUGCCCACGACGAGACCCAGAUCUAUUUCUCACAAUUGCAGAAUGCGUGGCAA